AUGAAUCCUGUGAAGAUCUGUGCGUUGAACCCAACGAACCACAUUUGCGACCUGGAGAUCGAAUACGAGGAGAGAGAAAGUGUCUUCCUCUCAGUUUCUGGGAGUAGCUCUAUUCACUUGUCCGGAAGAAUUUACAAUCAUUCUGCCAGUGAUGAUCAAGCCCACACUAGUAAUAAACUUACUAGUAAAACUGAAACUCCUGCAUGCUUGAAAAGAAAGCAUCAAGGCAAUGAGGCUAACGGAAAUAAAGAGCCUUCUCUUAAGGAGCCUAAUGUUACUAAGGCUGAUGGCAAGAAUGAUGCCUCCUCGAAAGAGCCUCUAAUUAGUGAGGCUGGUGGCAAGAAUGUGACUUCUCUAAAGCAGCCUAUAGUUGGUGAAGAUGAUUACAGUGAUGAGCACCUACCUAUCCGCGUUGCUUAUGAGAAGAGAAUGGCUACCAGAAAGUAUUUAAUUUUGAACUCAGUGUAUUAG